GCGCCUGCGCGGUGCGCGGAAACGAAAGGAGAGCGAGAGGCGAGACCUUCAGCCUUGACAAGGAGGGACGGACGGACGGUCGGGCGGCGGCGGCAGAGGCGCCCCUGAGGUAUACUUAAAAGAGGAGAGUCCUUCUGUAGAUUCACAGUGAGAAGUAAAUGAUUUAGGAGCUAAGCUGUGAACUACAGAGUCUGCAACCAUGUUCGCCUGUCCCCCUAGAGUCUCAGACCCCAUGAAUAUUCCACCAGCUUAUUGUGACCUGGGGAAAUCCGCUAGGGAUAUAUUCAACAAAGGAUAUGGGUUUGGAAUGGUCAAGUUAGAUUUGAAGACCAAGUCUUCCAGUGGAGUGCUGGAAUUUACUACUAGUGGCUCUUCCAAUACAGACACAGGCAAAGCCUCAGGCAACCUUGAGACUAAGUAUAAGUUUAAAGAUUAUGGACUUACAUUCGCUCAGAAAUGGAACACUGAUAACACCUUAGGCACAGAGCUCACCAUGGAAGAUAAGUUGGCUGAGGGAAUGAAGUUAAGUCUUGAAACCAUGUUUGUACCAAAUACAGGGAAGAAAAGUGGGAAGUUGAAGACAUCUUACAAACGAGAAUAUAUAAAUUUAGGUUGUAACGUUGACAUCGAUCUUUCAGGACCAACCAUUCAUGGCUGGGCUGUUUUGGGCUAUGAUGGUUGGCUGGCUGGCUAUCAGAUGGCUUUUGACACAGCUAAAUCCAAACUUUCACAGAAUAAUUUCGCCUUGGGUUACAAGGCAGCAGAUUUCCAGCUGCAUACAAAUGUGAAUGAUGGCACUGAAUUUGGUGGCUCAAUCUACCAGAAGGUUAACAACAAGGUUGAAACAGCUGUAAGUCUUGCUUGGACUGCUGGUAGUAAUAACACUCGGUUUGGCAUUGCCUCCAAAUACCAGCUGGAUGACAAAGCCUCUGUCUCGGCCAAAGUGAAUAAUGCCAGCCUCAUUGGACUUGGUUACACUCAGACUCUCCGACCUGGUGUGAAGUUGACUCUCUCAACUUUGAUUGAUGGCAAGAAUUUCAGCACCGGCGGCCAUAAAAUUGGUCUGGGAUUUGAGCUGGAAGCUUAAUGUAGGUUUUGAUGAAAUAUUAGAUCUUUAUUUGGAAGAUGAAGGAGAAAAUAAACCCCACGUGUUCUGGCCUUAAACUCUUCUGUGAAACUUCAAAAAGCGUGAACUUGAUAUUCUUCCAAAGAAUUGUUGUAACCCCCCAACACUGAAGUCUGGAGAGUGCAACCUAAUGAAGGGCAAUACUUGAAGGAAUGCAUGGAAGUUGUAAUGGUUGUAAUGUUACAUGGAAGUUGUAAUGCUACAUUUCAGUUCAGUUCUUCAGUUAUUUUAAGUGUGUUCCUUGGAAGACAGCAUAGCAUCUGGUUAAAGGAAGAAUCUCCCACUCUUCCCAUCCUUCUGUGUUACUUCAUCACAUCGUGCAUGUCCGACAUUUCACGACCUUUUGUAAAACUGCUCUCUGUAGUGAAAGCUUUGGUUUUGCAUCAAAAUGGAAAUAAAUGAAAUCACAUUUGGAACCCAA